UGACAUCCGAGCCAAUGGCGGCGCGACCUCUGCGCUCUUGUGCGCGUCAGAGUGGUAUUACUCCCUGGGAACCAGUAUCUCCUUUUCUCAGUCUGUGCUUUUUAAAAAAGAGCCACACGCGCUUCGAUGUUGGAUGCCGUGCUAUGACAACGUCACUGCUCCUCCGUCCUCGCUGGGUCGACCCGUCGGUGAUGUUCCUCUACGACAACGGCGGAGGUUCCGAUGAAGUCAAGAACAUGGAGGGUUUCGCCGGGGGCAACUUCGCUGCAAACCAGUGUAGGAAUCUGAUGGCGCACCCCGCGUCCCUGGCACCCAGCACGGCGUAUUCGGCAAGUGACGUUCCCACCUCCGGCAUUGGCGAGCCAGUGAAACAGUGCAGCCCUUGCUCUGCGGCGCAGAAUUCCUCCAGCGCGUCCCUGCCGUACGGGUACUUCGGCAGCGGCUACUACCCGUGCAGAAUGUCGCAUCACAGCAGCAUUAAAUCGUGCGGGGCGCAGCCCCCCUCCGCGUACGGGGAGAAAUACAUGGACACGUCUGCCUCGAGCGACGACUUCACUUCCCGGGCAAAGGAAUUCGCUUUUUAUCCGACGUACUCUACCGGUCCCUACCAACCUGUCCCCAGCUAUCUAGACGUUCCCGUGGUGCCGACUCUCGGUCAGUCAGAGGCCAGGCACGAGCCCCUGCUACCUAUGGAGACCUACCAACCGUGGUCUCUCACCCCCAACGGCUGGAACGGCCAGGUUUACUGCGCCAAGGAGCAGCCCCAGCCGGGCCACAUGUGGAAGUCCUCCAUACAAGACGCGGUAUCGCAAAGCGGCGGGGAAUCCGGCUCUUAUCGACGUGGACGAAAGAAGCGCGUGCCAUACACCAAGGUGCAACUGAAGGAACUCGAGCGCGAGUACAACGCCAACAAAUUUAUCACGAAGGACAAAAGGAGGAGGAUAUCUGCCCAGACCAACCUGUCCGAGAGACAGGUCACGAUAUGGUUCCAGAAUAGACGAGUAAAGGAGAAGAAAGUCGUCCACAAAUUGAAACCCAUCAGCUAGUUAUUUUUCUUUUUUUUUGUUUUGUUCCGGACAAUAGGCUACAUAUGGGAAACGCAACGCUACAGCACCCC